UUUUAUUUGAUAAACUCACAGAUUUUCCGAUCCGAAGUGUAAAUAAAAGAACACAAGAUGGCGGAACUAGGACCACCAGAUUUGGCUACUCAAAAAAAGAUUAUUGAAGAAUACCUUAGUCAGAGUUUGAAAAAAGGAGAAUCAUGGUAUCUGAUUGACGUUCGGUGGUUCAAACAGUGGAAGAAGUAUGUUGGUUAUGAUCACUGGGAAUCUUUCUGUGUUGGAGAUCAGAGUGUGCACCCAGGACCCAUAGAUAACUGCUCAUUGUUUAAACCUGAUACAAAUAUCUUACGUGAGCACCUAGUUGAUGAUCUUGAUUAUGUCUUAUUACCUAGUGAGGCGUAUGAAAAAUUAGCCUCAUGGUAUGGAGUGGCACCUGGUCAGGAACCAAUUGUACGGAAGGUGAUUGAACAGGGAAUGUUUGUGAAGCAUUGCAAAGUAGAAGUGUAUUUGAUGGAUUUGAAACUGUGCCAGAACUCGGACACCACAGCUGUGAUAACUCAUGCUUUUAGUAGAGCUGACACUAUAGCUACCAUUGAACAAGAAAUGCGCAGAAUUUUUUCCAUUCCUGAAGAUGCGGAAGUUCGUUUAUGGAAUCGCUACAUGAGUAAUACUUAUGAACUUCUGAGUAAAAAAGAUGUUACUCUACAAGAUGCUGGCUUAUACCAAGGACAGGUUAUUGUUGUGGAAGUCAAAAAUGCAGAUGGUACCUGGCCAAGACAAGCAAAGAGUACUAGUACUUACAGCUCCAAUUAUUCAUCCACAUCACAAAGAAGUUCUGGUUAUAGCGGUGCGAGUGGCUCCUCCUCUACUAAUGAGUCUGGUAGUCAGUCAACCAACACAAAUGUCUAUAGCAGCAAUAGUGUCAACAACUACUAUAACACUUACAGUGAUCGCAGCGGUACUAGCAAGCCUGGCCUGUGUGGCCUGGCAAACCUAGGAAACACUUGCUUCAUGAAUUCUGCACUGCAGUGCAUGCUUAAUGUCAGUCGCUUAACAGAUUACAUGCUAAGUGGCAAAUGGGAGAAAGAAUUAAAUAAGGAGAAUCCAUUAGGAAUGAAAGGAGAGGUAGCUAUUACUUAUGCUGAGCUUGUUAGAGAUGUAUGGUCUGGCCAGCGGAGUUAUACUGUCCCUAGGAAUUUCAAGGUGGCAGUGGGUAGGUUUGCACCUCAGUUCUCAGGAUACCAGCAACAAGAUUCACAAGAAUUAAUGGCAUUCUUGUUGGAUGGUCUUCAUGAAGAUCUAAAUAGAAUUAGAAAGAAACCAUAUAUAGAACUCAAAGAUUCAGGAGGAAGGCCAGACAAGAUUGUCGCUAAAGAAGCUUGGGACAAUUAUAAAAAGAGGAAUGAUUCUGUGAUUGUAGAUAUUUUUCAUGGACUUUUAAAAUCAACUGUUCGUUGUCCUGACUGUGAGAAAAUUUCUGUGACUUUUGAUCCAUUUUGUAACUUAUCCUUACCACUUCCUGUAAAAAAAGAGCGCCAGAUGGAGGUCAUAUGGGUUCCAUUACCUCCGGAAAAAAAACCUAUGCAGCUUAAACUGACAGUGCCUAAGACAGGUAGCAUCAGGGACUUGUGUUUGGCUUUAGAAAGUUUAGUAAAUGUAUCAUCAGACAAGAUGGUGGUGACAGAUGUGUACAAUCAUAGAUUUCACAAAAUAUUUAGCAUGGAGGAAGGUGUACACCAUAUACUGGACAGAGAUGAUAUAUUUAUCUAUGAGAUUCCAAAUAACAACUCAGAUGACCCAAACACCAUGAUACUACCCAUUUAUCUUCGAGAUAAAAUAUACAGUGUACGCCAGUCAGAUCACAACUCUGUGUCCAGUCAGCCAUUGUUUGGUCAUCCAAUGCUGUUGGCUGUUCCUAGAAACAGCUGCACUUAUGAUAAACUUUAUCAUUUGUUGUUACAAAGAAUGUCACGCUAUGUGAAAAUUCCUGAAGCUGGUGAUGACUGGCAAGAGCCUUCAGAAGAUGGAGAAAUAAGCAAUGAAGAUGAUUUAUCCCUUGAAAACAACUCAUCUUCAGGUGCAUGUAAUGAUAACUUAGUUGGACAUGGUUCUGAAGCUAGCAAUGGAAGUGGCCAUGAUGCUUCAGAUCUAUAUAUGGAGACUGUCAGUGGCCACAGUGAAGGAGAAAACUCUACAAACAAUAAAAUGCAUCCAGAGGAAAAUGUUGCCUCUUGCUCUUCUUCUAUCAGACCAUUACGCAAAGGGAAACGAAUAUUUGCACUGCGUGCAGCCAAUAGCUUUGGCCGUGAUGAAACAGGGACAGUUUUGGUAGAUGAUGGCAGGCCACUUACUUUAACAAAUCGUACAUACAUUGCUGUUGAUUGGAGUAAAUCUGCAAAGGACAAAUUUUUUGACGACAAAGCAGCAGAGGAGUUUGAAGAACAUGAGAGCAUGAAAGCACGACAGAAGAAAACAGUCAUGCAGUUAGACGAUUGUCUGAAACUUUUUAUGAAAGAAGAACAGCUUAGUGAUAAAGACCCAUGGUUUUGUCCUGACUGCAAACAGCAUAAACAAGCCACCAAAAAGUUUGAUUUGUGGUCUCUGCCUGAAGUCCUGAUCAUUCACUUGAAAAGAUUUUCUUAUAACAGAUACUGUCGAGAUAAAAUAGAUGUACUGGUGGAGUUCCCCACUCAUGGUUUGGAUCUACGCAAGUACAUUAUUAAUGAAGAUUCCACUGAAUGUGAUGUGUAUGAUCUCAUAGCAGUAACAAAUCAUUACGGAGGACUGGGAGGAGGCCAUUAUACUGCCUUUGCUAUGAACAAGGAUGAUGGUAACUGGUAUUACUUUGAUGACUCCAGUGUGACCAGCUCAUCAGAAGAAUCAGUUGUUACUAAAGCAGCCUAUGUGUUAGUCUAUCAGAGAAAAACAAUCAAUCAAAAUAGAAAGUGUCCUCGUUCAUCAAAGGAACAACACACGAGUUCAUCUUUGUCUAUCAAUAGUAACCACACAGUGUCCAAGUUUACAGACCCUUCAGUUCCCAAUGGAGUAGGUGCGGCCAGUGAGGAAGAUGAUAUGGAAACAAACUAAACAAAAACAAAAGCUUCAAGUUGAGUCAAGAUUCUCAUGUGUUAUCAACAUCAGCUGUCCCCAGAAUAUUUAAAGUUUCUAUCUAGAGAACAGUUUUACACUUAUAUAAUUCAUGACUUAGUAAAGUCUAUUGACAAGUAAAAAAUUUGUCAUGUUGGUAAUUUUAAAAUAACUCAAUACUCAAAUAUACCUAAAAUACCCAAAUGAAACAUUGAAGUAAUCUUUAACUAUACAUCUUGUUUUUUUUUCCCAAAUAUAAAUAAAUAUACAAGAUUUCCUAGUUUUUUUUUUAUGGACCACAAAGUGAAAAUAAGAAGUCAAUAUUGUAUGCGAUUGUUUCCACAAAAAGUUGAUUCAAAUGUAGUGACUUGUAGCACAUAUAUUUUUAAUGUAGCAGCUCUGAAUAGCCUGCUUUGAGGGUGUAAGGACAUUAUUUAUCAAAGUUUAGUAUCAAUAGUGUGGCUGUGGAUGUAAUCAUCAUAACACUACUAUGUUGAGAACUGUAAGCCAACAGUUUAACCAGGCAAUUUUUCAAAGAAAAUCAGAAGUUCAUCUUUUUUCUUAUUUAGUUUUAAAUGUUAAGUCCUAUGGUGUUAUUAUGAUACUGGAAAAAAGUUAUUUGUGAUAUUUUCUUGGCAUGAUACAAAAAAAAAGGAUACUAGAGGCUUAAAAAUAUUUAUUGGAUUUACAUUUUUUUUUUAGAAAGAUUUAUUUUUAAUGUGUAUUGCCAUAUCACACAGUCACUCUGCAUCUAGCUUAAUCUGUAGUUUUAUGUACAUUUCUUAUAUAUUUUAUAGUAAAUUGAAGAUUGGCUUAAUUCGAAAUGCACAUCAUUCAUUACUGAUACACACACUGAACCCUUGUAAAAGUUUAAAGUACUAAGAGUUUCUUAUAAACUGGUAUUAAUUUUUGUUUAUGGAAGAAAAUAAAAGGUCCCUUUUUUGUUUUUCCUGCCCAGUAAAAUGUAUGCUAUCAGUUCUCUUCAAUUUAUACAUUGAAUUAAAUGCUUUGUGUUUGUUGAAUUCAUCUUUUCUAAUUGCUCUAAACAUGUACUGAUUGGUCCAUAGCAAUCAACUAUAGACAUUUUAUUUCUUGAAUUUUUAAAAGUACCAAUUCAUUGGUAUUUCCAAUGUCCUGAAACUGUGUAGUGCUUACAUAAUAUAGAAAUGAAUGCACUCCAUUACCAUUAAUCAUUUUUUGAAAAUCAAAGAAUGACUCAUGACUUGAGAUUUGAAAUUAAGGCAUUAAAUUAGAGAGAAAAUUAGUAGUUAAACUCCAACUUUGUUUUCCAAACAAUGCACUGCCUCUGCAUGGUAGUCUUUAAAGAAUUAGGAACGCCUUUGUGUCUCAGGAAACAUAGUACUCAUAUUAUAUCCUUGUUACCUUAGUUUCUUUAGUUUUUUUUAAAUAUUUUUUUUUUACUAAACAUGUUCUGUUAAUUUUUAAAACUUUCAUUCUGAUGUUCUGUUUUGCUUGUUGUGUAAUUGAUUACAUUGGAGGUAUAUUACUUCCAUUGUAAGCACCCUGAAUUUCUUAUAAUGUCAUAAGAUUUAUUGUCUCUUUAGAUGCAGUUCUGUGGAGAAAGAAAGCUCCUAACCAAUGGAAGCCUUUUACUUUUAACAAAUAAGAAUUAAAUCACCAUUGUACAUUCAAUACUUUAGUGGAUUGUUGUAUAUAAAAUCUUAGCAGCUGAUAUACAUAUAUAAAUAUUUAUAUAUAUAGUUAUAUUUAUUUAUGUGAUGGUAAUAAUUUUAGCAUUUAAAUCCGACUGGAUGAUUCAAUUUAGGCCCGCUAUUAGCUUUCUUGUAUUGUAUUACUUGAUCCUAUUUUCUGUUUUAAGCUCAAGAGCACAGAGUUCAAUCAAUCAUUUUUGUCCUAUUUGUCAGAAACUACAAUGUUCCUAUUUGUUUCUUACACAUGAACGUUUCUUGUUUAGACUGGUGACUACAGAAAGAAUCCAUUCAACUAGAAUGAGACUGACAAAAACUCAUGUAUUUAUUUUGUAAUGUCAAUAAAACAUGCUAAUUUAUUUCCAUGCUAA